AUGGAUGGAUAUGAUGGAUGGAUAUUUUAUAUUUCAAACAAAUCAAAAAGUUAUCCUGAAGUGUUUCUUUCAAAUGAUUGGCAAAAUUCCCGAUUUCAGCUCUUAACAGCUUUUAGCAUGACAGCUUUUUUUUUUUUUUUUGGGCCUCAUAUUUUUGCUAUUUUUAGUUUCCGAAUCUCAAAGUGGACAUUUUUGACAUUUAGAUAA